AUGUUUGGCAGGCAUAAAGGAGAACUGGUAAAGGAGGUUGUUUUAGAGGCAUUGAGAGAGUUGAAAAGAAACUCAUUGGUUGUAACUGACUGCUUAGUUGGAAUUGAUGAUCAUGUAGAAAAAUUGAUGAAAUUGUUUACCAGUGAUGUAAGGAUUGUGGGAAUCCAUGGCAUGGGAGGAAUCGGCAAGACCACUAUUGCCAAGGUCAUCUACAACCAACUCUCCCAACAUUUUCAACCCCAUUGCUGCCUCCUUGAAGAUGUUAGAGCAACAACACAACAACAGAAUGGUCUUGUUCAUUUGCAAAAGCAACUUAUAUCUGACAUCUUAAAACUGAGACGCCCUGACUUAAUUAGUAAUAAGGAUGACGGAAUUAAUGCAAUCAAAGAUAGAUUUUCUGGGAAGAAAGUUCUUGUUGUCGUUGAUGAUGCCGAUCACAGAGAUCAGCUUCAUGCACUUGCACUUGGAAAAGAGGUAUGGAAAGGUACAUUAAAGAAGCUGGAAGUAAUACCGAUCAAACAUGUGCAGGACAAGCUGAAAAUAAGUUAUGAUGCAUUAGAAUAUGAUCAGCAACCUAUAUUUCUCGAUAUUGCAUGUUUCUUAAUUGGAGUGGAUGGAAGAAUUGCUUUUCACAUGUGGGAUGACUGCAAAUUUUAUCCGGAAAUUGGGAUUGAAGUCCUUAUUAACAUGUCCUUGGUAAAAAUUGGAGAUAAUAAUGAGCUAAGGAUGCACGACCAGCUUAGAGACCUUGGUAGAGAUAUUGUUCGUCAAGAAAAUGUUGAAGAGCCGGGGAAGCGUAGUAGGGUGUGGUUUCAUGAGGAAGCCAUCGCCCCAUUGGAGAGGCAUGCAAUUGCAACAAAGUUGAAAGUUCUAAAUAUCACAUGUUGCAAAAAAAUGGUUAGCACUCCUGACUUCUCUGCAUAUACAACUUUAGAGAGAUUGAUUCUUGAAGACUCUGAGGUUUUGGAACAUAUUGACCCAUCAAUUAGGAAACUCAACAGUCUGGUUUUCUUAAAUAUGAAGAAUUGUGCUAAACUCAAAAGUCUGCCUCGGGAAUUUGAUGAAGUGGAAGCUUUAACAGAACUCCUUAUCGAUGGUACUCGUAUAGAAGAAGUCCCUGUUGGUAGAGGAGUUAUGAAGAAGCUUGAAACUCUCAGUGCCACUCGUUGUAAGUCAUUGACUCAAAUUUCGACCUCAAUCGGUCACCUAACAUCUUUGUUGGACCUUACAUUUGAUGGUUCAUCUGGUAUCACUAAACUACCAGACUCGAUUGGUUCGCUAGUGAACUUGCGACGCUUGUCACUAAGGGACUACAAAUUAAAAGAGCUUCCAGACUCCAUUGGGAAAUUAGAAUCAUUAAUUGAGCUGGACUUGUCAUCAACAGCCAUUACAGAAUUGCCAGAUACUAUUGGCAACCUAAAUCGUUUGAGAAUUCUUAAGAUGGAAUCUGGUUUGAUAGUGAAGUUACCUAGUACCAUCGGAAUGUUACUGAAACUUGAAGAGUUACAUGCCUCGCGUUGUUCCAGUUUGGUAGGCGAAAUUCCCAGUAAUUUUGGGGGACUAUCCUCUCUGAGAAUCUUAAGAUUAGAUUCAACACGCAUCUGUCAUCUACCAACAAGCAUUUGUGGGCUUUCUAACCUCCAAACCCUUUAUUUAGGGUAUUGCGAAAAUCUUGAGUUUGUCCCAGACCUUCCCUCUAGUCUAGUGUUUCUAAAAGUCACUUGCAGGUCAAUGCAGACAUUUCUAGACCUUUGUAGCCUGGUGAACCUAUAG